AUGUUACAAGAGCAACCACACAUAACAUCGUUAAUGAGAAACGAAACACAGCCCUUUGAGCCCCAGGCAGAAGAUAUUUUAACAGAUGAAGAUUUACUUGAUUUGUUUCGUAUUGUCAAACAAGUCUUGCGUAAAAAUCCAGAUGCUGAAAAACUAGCCAAACUCUUGUUCUGUAUGUCUUAUGCCCUUGGCGAUCAUGUUAAAUUUAGUAAAUCUUGUCAUGAAGACAUGAUUGUUUUUCAAGACCACCAAUCCAAUGUACAUUCAGUUCGGUUACCAAGUACUUGUUGCUAUGACAAACCUGCUUUAAAGAAAUGGAUUGAUUCUUCUUCCGUUUCCACCACUUCUUCUUCAUUAGGCCAAUUACCUUCAGUUGCUCUCUUAACCAAGGAGUCGGCUGAUCCCUUUUCUGUGCGCCCUUAUACACCUUUCCAUACAAGUCCUUUAUACUCUCCUCUUUUACCGCAACCCAUCGUUGAUGUAUCCGAGGUCCGUUAUACACCUACGUCUGGCACGGUCAUGGAGCCUCAAGAAAGAGGCUUUUAUUACCAAGAUGGACGCAUUAGUCGAGAACCUAUCUUACUUCAACGCUAUGCUGAACAAGGCAUCUUAACACAAGCAUCCCUCACAAUGAAAAAAAGAAAACGACAACCGGUAGAUACGUCAGUCGAAGUCCAUUCUUUAUCAAUACCCAACAAAAAACCCAAAAUACCACACCGACACGGUGAAUUUGAAUCAAGACGAGACGAUAUUAUUCAUCGUAUGCGAAUUAUUACGAUGGCAGAUCUAGAGCAAAAAGCACAAAGGUUACCACUCCAAUUCACAUUGGCUAUUGAUACUUCAAUUUCACUGGGCAAACAGCCCGAUUCAGUUUCGCACGAUCAACUGGCUAAAUUAUUAGAACCUUCACUUCUUAUUCUCACCAGCCAUUCAAACAUGAAACCUCAUUUAGACAACGGAAUGAACCAAAAUGGCAUUUAUUACAAUUCAGAUUAUUUUCGACUGUAUCUUGCUUUCGAACAAUUCCAAAAAGCGUUUUCAAUCUUAUUUCCUGAACAAGUUACUCAAGAUAAGGAUAAAGACCGAGAAAGGAAUGCUAAUAUGAAAGCCUAUCGUCCAUGGAUUGAGCCACUCUUGGCAGAGACCAACUGGGCUGCAUUCCGAAGAAAUAUUGUAGUGGGUGAACGCAUGAUGCAACUCACUCAAUCGGUUGGACAAGGCGUCUUGUUAAUGACUAAAGAACUGAGUGGGUCUAAACUUCAUUUGACGUUUACCAAUAGCGAGUGGGAUGAAUUUAUGCAGGGUCUAAGACCAGAACUUGUGAAUGAAUUUAAACAGAAGUUUGCAACAUCUUUUUGGUUUUAUGCCAAUGGUUCGCUUGUGCCCUCUAAAGAAAGACAAAUGUUAAUUCAUACAUUUACAGUUGAAAAAACCAUGCCUGGAUGUGCAGAAGAAUAA